GUUUUCCUCAGUGUCUUAUGACCUGCUUCUUCCUCUCGUCUUUCUACUGAGUCCCUUUUGUAGAUCUUUCAAUUCCUUGCUUAAAUAUAUUACAGAAUUAAAAUCGCUGAUUCACGGCGACGAGGACGACGGCGUCUGCGGAUCUUCGACUCCAGAGUCCAGACUGGGGCGGCAACUGACUCCGGCGACCGACUCCGGCACUGACAGGUUCAAGCACCAAAAUGCUGCUGGCAAGAGAGUUUAGCUUUUGCAAUACUGCUGCACAGUGUCUUUAAAUGGUUUUCUUGAAUGGCACCCACAUUAAGAAAAGCUAUAUCACACUAUAUUCUGAUAAGAUAUUACUCUUCAGUGUUUGGUGUGGCUUCAAGUUCCAAUAAUAUUGCUUUGAAACUGAGUUCAAACAAAAGUUAUGCUCUUAAAUACAUGACGAGUAAGUUAUACUUCUCAUAUGAAUGCGAUAAGCACAGUGAAAAUUGGUGUUCUAAGCCUUUGUCUGCUAAUAUAAAACCGGAGAGGUUAUGUUGGGAAGGUUCCUCCCGUGCUGUUUUACUGAGAAGGUUUGAAAUCGCUUUGAUGCAUCACAAACUGGAUGAGGCUUGGGAUACUUACAAAGAUUUCAAACGCCUCUAUGGUUUUCCCGAUCACUCUCUUGUGAGUAGAUUGGUGACUGAACUGUCCUAUUCAUCUGAUUCCAAAUGGCUUCGAAAGGCAAGCAAUUUAGUCAUUUCUAUUCAAAAGGAUAAAUUUGGGUUACUUCGGCCAGACUUAAUGACUAAGCUCUCCCUGUCCUUAGCAAGAGCUCAAAUGCCUAUCCGGGCAUCUGCUGUCCUUAGACAGAUGCUUCUGAAAAGGAGGUUACCACCAUCUAAUAUUUUGGAGAUGAUAUUUCUUCAUUUAGUGAAAACAAAGACUGGAAUGGUCCUGGCGUCAAAUGUUUUGGUUGAGCUCUGUGAUAUGUUUCAACAGUUCAGCACAAACAAGGCUGCUUGCAUGAAGUGCACAAAACCUGAUACCGUGAUUUUUAACCUUGUUCUUGAUGCUUGUGCAAGGUUUGGUUCAUCUUUUAAAGGCCAGAGCAUUAUUGAGCUGAUGGCACAAGUUGGAGUCAUAGCUGAUGCGCAAACUAUUGGGAUUAUCUCCCUUAUUUAUGAGAAGAAUGGUAUGCGAGAUGAACUAAACAAAUUUAAGGAGCAUAUAGAUAAGGUUUCAACCUAUAAGCCGAUGUGUCACUAUCAACAGUUUUAUGAAAGUCUGUUGAGCUUGCAUUUUAAAUUUGAUGAUAUUGAUGCUGCUUUUGAACUUUUAUUGGAUAUGUAUAGACCUUUAGUAUCUGCCCAAAUAUCGGAUGACAGGAUGGAACCAGUGAAACCCUGCCUCAUCCCACUAGGAUCUCACCAUCUUAGGAUGGGGUUGACACUACGUGUUUUGCCAGAUUUACUAAAGCAAGAUACCGUUGUUAAUGUGGGAUGCAAUCACAGGUUCAUCACAUGUAAAGAUGGGAGACUUGUUCUUAGCUCGAAAGCACUUGCCAAGCUGAUGCUACACUACAAGAGAUGUGGGAGAAUUAGUGAGUUGUCAAAGCUUCUAAGUAGAAUCCAGAAGGCUUCACCAUGUUCUAGCAACAUUCUCCAUGAUGUGGUUGAUGCUUGUAUUUGUCUUGGAUGGCUUGAAACUGCCCAUGAUAUUCUGGAUGACUUGGAGAUGGAAGGAAAUCGACUAUCCAGUAGUUCAUACAUGUCUCUUUUUGCAGCGUAUCACAACCUAAAGAUGUUUAGAGAAGCAGAUGUAGUACUAAAACAAAUGGGGAAAGCUGGUGGUCUCUCAAAUGCUGCUGAGCAGAUGGUUUCAGCAUCUAUGAGCGAGAUAGAAAAUGAAGGAACAUAUGAUUUGAAAAAACUAACUUCUACUGGAAAAUCAGAUUUGACUGACUUUAUUGCUCGGGAAAUGAGAGAAGAGGAAAAAGAGGCUCCUUCUGUAGUCUAUAACUUUAAUUCUUCUAUCUACUUCUUCAUGAAGGCCCAAAUGAUAGGAGAUGCUAGAAGGGCCUACAGAAAAAUGCAAAAGAUGAAGAUCCAACCAACUGUCUCAACAUUUAUCAAUCUAGUUCAUGGCUAUUCUUCCAUGGGAAUGUAUCGUGAAAUUACAAUCUUAUGGGGGGAUAUUAAGAGGAACAUAGAAAAUGGUAUUCAGUUGAGAGACAGUGAUUUAUAUGAAUUACUAUUGUUGAAUUUUCUUCGAGGUGGCUAUUUUGAGAGGGUGAUGGAAAUCAUUGGUCUUAUGAAGGAAAUCAGUAUGUAUCUGGACAAGUGGAUAUACAAAUAUGAAUUCCUGAAGCUUCACAAGGACCUUUAUCGACACAUGAAAGUAUUUGAUGCUAGAAAUGAGGUGCAAAAAAAGAGGAUUGAAUAUGUUGAGGAAUUUAAGAAGUGGGCCGGCAUGGAUUGAAAUACAUUAAGUUGUAACAACCUGAGAGUUUCUAGUUACUGGUUACCACACUACAUAGUCUGGCAAGCCAAAGGUGGUUUUAAGUGAUUGCUAGUAUCAUAAAGUUGGGGUUCUGGAAUCUGCAAUUUGUGAUUUCUUUGACCACCUCUUCUUCCUUAUCUGCUUCACAUCUCCUCAAAGAUCAGGAAACAAAGCUUAAAGGGAAAGAAUUUGCCUGAUGUCUCUGGGAAAUUCAAGGAAGAGUGGGAUUCAGAGCAAUUAAUAAUUUAUUAUAGGAAAUGUAGUAUCAAAGCAAAUCUCACUUAAUGACUAAUAGCAUAAUCUCAAUUAAAUCCCAGUUGAUUUCUCUCCCUUAUUUCUCACUUCAGUGCACUUUAGUUUAAUAUCUGCCCAUAAUAGUUAUGGGUACAAAUGACCAACUUUCAGCAAAGUUUGUACAGAGAACUUAUGUUCUGCAGGCUUCUGCAUGUAAUGUUAUAUGCUUUUAAUUCUGUUGCAAUACAAAUUCUCUCAUCCAUCUCUGGUGGUUCUGAAUCAGCUUUUGCAAAGGAGAAUGCCUACACUCUAUUACUUGUUGCAAGCCAGGUGAAAUAUGUUCAGUAUCUGCUUGUUUUUAGAGAAUGCAAUAACGUAUGACCUGAAAGUGUAGAGAUUGCAUUUCUCUUUGGUUGUAUUGUCAAUUUGUCAUCUCACCAUGGGUCAUGUUGACUGUGGUAUAUUUCAUGUGAUUUGUGUGUACAAAGUUUCAAGCAAUAUAAAAGCAGCACCUUGAACAUCUUUUGUAAUCACUAGGAAAUUGUCAGUGCAAAUUCUCUUUAAAUUCUGAGAGUAACAUGUUCUCAAGGAGUACAAGCUAUUUUCUAUAUGGAGUGUACUGAAUGAAAGGAAUUGUAAACUGCAGGCAAAGAAGAGGUAAAAGCAGCAUUAAGUUUCAAUUUCUGAAACUUUGACAAGAUUGAAUGCGCUUAUGAUAAAAGAACAGAAACUCCAUGCUUUACUUGGGCAACCCUGUUUCAGGGUUGAGGAGAGCUUGAUUCUCGUCAGUAAUCAAAACUGGACCUCUUCCUGGUCUUGUGCAGAUGAAGUAACUAACAUCACCCUUGUUCUUAGCAGGAACAUUAUCCUUAACUUCGGGAGGUGGAGGCAAUGCUUCUAUGUCCUUCAAAUCCUUAAUGCCAGCAUCCUCUAGUAUUGAGUUAUCGCCUAUGACAUAGCUGGAGAAAAAACCAGACAGCAAGAAUGUAUCUAUCAAUAAAUAAUGUACAUACGAGUAAAUGUGUCUGAUGUUCAACAGGACAGAAUGAAUACCUGCUUAGAUCGGUGUCUGAGUUUGGAGGGAAGUGAAACAGCAGCCUUUGAAGAAGGAGAGUGGCAGCCUUUCUAUUGCGAGCAAUCAUAACAGCAUUUGGCCCGGCAUCAAAAGUGUAAGCAACCUGCAAUAUUCAUUGUGUUAAAAAUAAAAACCAUUAUUAUUAGCUUUGUAGUCAAUCAGGUCAUUAUGUUUCUGAUAAGUAGAGCUUUAAAAUGCAUUAACACAAUGUUGAAAACUAAUUGCAGAGAAUAGAAGGCAAUAAACAAAAUCAUCAACCAUACCAAACAAGGGUAUAAUAAUUGUGCUACACGGCUCAUUAAAAAAUUUGUAUGAACUGUGAAGAGAAACUUAGAAAGUCCAAGAUCCAGUUCCUUGCAUGAAUCAACAAGCAUUUGACACUCUUUCUAAGAGAAUACCACAGACACGGACAAUCUUUGUCCAAUGCUCAGAUGCUUUUUGGAACAUACAGGGGUACUAAAAAGCUAUAAAUCGAGAUGGUUGGUAACAAUUGACUAGCUAGUCACAUCUGAUUAGUUUCUUGAAGCCUUGCUCAAUAUAAGGACAAGAGAGGGAGAAGCCUAUACAGAACUACAAUUUAUAGUCGUUAUAUGUUCAUUCUUUCAGAAUCAACUGUAAUAUUAACAAACUGUACAUCUCUAGAAAGUUUUAUCUAAACUAUUUGAGAUGCCAA